AUAAAUAAACCAGUCAAACUUUUCUCCUUUGCUUAGCACGUGUAAGCCCCUUUCAACUUCCUUUUGAAAAUAACAUGGCACCGAAAAAGAAGUCAACUGACAAGUCGGCUAAGAAGCCUGGUAAGGGAGCAGCAAAGGCUGCACCCGGUGGGGACCAACCUAAGGUUGUUGCUAAGGCAACUAAGGCUAAAAAGGCUGUUCUCCGUGGUAUCCACCAGAAGAGAAGCAGGAAGGUUCGCACAUCGGUUCACUUCAAGAGGCCCAAGACCUUGAAACUGCCCAGAGCUCCUAGAUACCCAAGGAAAAGUGUUCCCAGAGCACCAAAACUUGAUCAGUUCCGUAUUGUGAAGUUCCCCCUGACAACUGAGUCUGCCAUGAAGAAGAUUGAAGACAACAACACACUGGUGUUCAUUGUUGACAAGAGAGCAAACAAGCCCCAGAUAUGUUCAGCGGUCAAACAGCUGUACGACAUUGAUGUUGCAAAGGUCAACACUCUCAACAGGCCAGACGGUGAGAAAAAGGCGUAUGUACGACUAGCUCCCGACUAUGAUGCCCUUGAUGUUGCUAACAAGAUUGGCAUCAUAUAAGCUGUUGGUAUUUGCUGUAUAUAUUAAAAUAAAGAGAAAAAUAACGAA